AUGUUUUCAUCAAUUCGGCAAUGCCGAAAGCUAACUCCUUCUUUCAAUCACUUCGCCAAAUCUCGACCAGUCAACAACAAAGUGGCUGGGCUCAUUUUCCUAGGCAACUCACCAAUCCCAAUAGUUGCUGUACCUCUUUUCCUCGGCACUUGCAUGGCCAUCUUUGUGUUUUCUACGGCACGCUGGGACAUGCCACCGCGAGCCUACCACCGUCCAUUCUUUGCAACUCUUGGAUUCAUUACUUCUAUCGUCUGGAUCUACGCCUUGGCCCACGAGUUGGUCAAUCUUUUGGAAACUCUUGGCAUCGUCUGGAUGAUAAGCGAAGCCAUUCUUGGCCUCACAAUCAUGGCUCUGGCUACUUCUCUUGGAGGUAAGCAUGAAGUGACAAGUUUAUGA